AUGUUGGACAAUGAUGUGGUACAGCUGAAAAGGUCCAAAAAUGGGGCCAUUCAGCGUGUACGGGUAGAAAAGGAAUCCAAUGUGAUCCAAUUGGCUGCACAGUUGGGGGCUUUGUACCAGCAGGCUUGGCGCAAACCAUGGACAUGGCCACCCAAGUCGCGGUUGCUGUCGGCAUGGAAGCCCUCAAAAAAUGCGGGACUUGUCUCGGGCAAAUGCAAUGAUCCGAAAGACUGGAUGUUACCGGAAAAGUAUUGUGAUACCACGGGAGUCGUCUAUGCCAGCAGCUUUUCUGCCAUGGACGCGGCCGUUGGUGAGGUAAUGCGGUUUUUGCAAUCCAAAACGGUCGGCGCGGCGGAUUCCACCGGACUGGUAACGGCCUUGCGGAACCGAUUGGUGCGGGCAUUGCCGAGUCGCAAACUUCCCAACAACAACAACAACAACAACAAAGCUGCCUUUGCGCGACUGGUUGCUUGCGCACGCAAAACAGAAUUGGAAGAAACAAAAAACAAACCCUACAAGAUUGAUCGUAAAUUCUUGUUCUGCGUGCUUGUUGUCGGCAACGCCGAGCUUGCUCCGUUGGCCAUUGCCAAGGCAAUUGCCAUGGCACAAGACAUGCUAGCUUCAAGACGUGCUCAACAAGUAGUGGUUGUGGCCGGGGACAAUAUUUCGGGAGAAACGCUGUUGCCUUGGUUAGGAUGCGGUUUCCGUGCUUUGGGUGCCACCACGACGGCUGCUACUGUGGAAGACGCCGCUUUGCCGUUCAAUAGGCGUCGAUUGGGCAUGUUGCUGGGUGCUGGCGGUAUUGGAAUGGUCCUCAAAACAGAGCUGAGUAUGGUCAAAUGUCAAAGACUAUUGCCGUAUCCAUUUUGGGUCAAGGCCCGUUUGUUGGCAGUGCAGUACGGCAUGGAGCGGCAUUGGACAGCAAACACAUUGGUUCCGAACUCAUAA